AACAUAAAGGCUAAAACCCUGACGUUAAACUAUUUGAGCUUCUGGUUGUCAGUGUGCGCUCUUCUCCCAACGAGACAGUAGAGGGUGUAGCUCCAUCCAGAAAAUGGCGCAAUUGAAGGCAGUGUCACCGCCGUGUUCAUCAAUCAAUCUUGCUCAUCUUGGCCCAAAGACUGGGUCUUGGUUGUAUAAUAAUAAAGUAUCUUGGCCAAGAAAGGUGCAUUCAUUGCAACAGUUUGGGUCAAGCGCAAGUGAACUUCAUGGUCAUGCAUUUGUUAGCAAUAAUCGCAAUGUCACCCAAGUUUGUGACAAGAAAGUCAUUCAAGCAGUUCUUUCAAGUGAUAAAGAGGUGGAAGUUUCCUCAGCUAAAAAUGGAGGCCUGCGUGGCAAGUUGAAUAAGGUUGUUUUAGCUUAUAGUGGUGGCUUGGACACAUCAGUCAUUGUUCCGUGGCUAAGGGAGAAUUAUGGUUGCGAGGUUGUCUGCUUCACUGCCGAUGUUGGUCAAGGCAUUGGAGAACUGGAAGGUUUAGAAGAAAAGGCCAAAGCUAGUGGAGCUUGUCAGUUAGUGGUGAAGGACUUGAAGGAGGAAUUUGUGAGAGACUACAUAUUUCCUUGUUUGCGAGCUGGUGCAAUUUAUGAAAGAAAAUACUUGUUGGGAACCUCAAUGGCACGCCCGGUUAUUGCAAAGGCUAUGGUGGAUGUUGCCAAAGAAGUUGGGGCUGACGCUGUCUCUCAUGGAUGCACAGGGAAAGGAAAUGAUCAGGUCCGCUUUGAGCUUACAUUCUUUGCUUUAAAUCCUGAGCUGAAUGUUGUGGCUCCAUGGAGGGAAUGGGAUAUUCAAGGAAGAGAAGAUGCCAUUGAAUAUGCCAAGAAGCAUAAUGUGCCUGUCCCUGUGACGAAAAAAUCCAUAUACAGCAGAGACCGGAACUUGUGGCAUUUGAGCCAUGAGGGAGACAUCUUAGAAGACCCAGCAAAUGAGCCAAAAAAAGAUAUGUACAUGAUGAGUGUUGAUCCAGAAGAUGCACCUGACAAACCUGAACUCGUUGAAAUUGGGAUAGUUAAGGGUCUUCCUGUUUCAGUCAAUGGAAAACAGCUUCCCCCAGCAUCCCUUCUUGCCCAACUAAAUGAGAUCGGUGGGAAACAUGGAAUCGGCCGUAUUGACAUGGUUGAAAACAGGCUUGUCGGUAUGAAAAGUCGUGGAGUUUAUGAAACUCCUGGUGGCACCAUCCUCUUUGCUGCUGCUCGUGAGCUAGAGUCUUUAACACUUGAUCGAGAAACAAUUCAAAUCAAAGAUUCCCUAGCCCUCAAGUAUGCAGAGCUUGUUUAUGCAGGAAGGUGGUUUGACCCACUUCGCGAGUCAAUGGAUGCGUUUAUGGAGAAGAUCACUGAGACCACCACAGGUUCUGUGACUCUCAAGUUAUACAAAGGAUCUGUUUCUGUAACUGGUCGGAAGAGCCCGAACAGUCUGUAUAGGCAAGAUAUCUCUUCAUUUGAGAGUGGACAGAUUUAUGAUCAGGCUGAUGCUGCUGGAUUUAUAAAGCUUUAUGGUCUUCCAAUGAGGGUUAAGGCAAUGCUUGAGAAGGGUAUCUGACGAAAUAGAUUUUUUUUUUCUUUGUAUUGCUAGAUUGAGCCUCUGGAUUUAAGUUUUGACGUCUAUAUCUUGGUUAGAGAUUUAUUUAUUGUAACUUUGGCUUGGUUGGAGAUAAUUAUUUGAAGUUAUUUAGUUGAA